CGGUUUUCUUCUUCAAAAUCCUCCUCUUACAAACUCAAACACGCCUCUUCCUCUUAUUCAUUCACACACUUAAUCCAUUGAAGACAUUACGCACACUCGCCGACCAACCUCCAUUUCUUUCGUUCCAGAAACUGGGUAUGAGUCCUUCUUCUUCUUGCUUCGAUCGGAAUCUUUAUCGAAGCCCACAGAAUUCGAUCUCCAGAAAGCCUCUAUAAGCUUCCAGACAUGCGCACCCUUGUUUCUGAGAAUUAGAUUUCAACUUUCUCAUUUCUGUGUUCGGCCGCUCUGUUUGUUUGCCAUCUUUUCUUGCUUCACUCGAUGACCAGACCUCGAGAAUCUGUCCUUUAGUGCUUUUGGUUGGCAUUUCGGCAGGCUUGGUUUUGCAACUGCGAUCACUCCAUGGACUGAAAGCUUUGGAUCUUCGUUGGUUCUGUGUUUCGAUUGUUAUUUGUUCAAUCCAUACCGUUUUGCGGUAGUUUUUUGUUCUAGCGGUAGUAAAAUUUUUGUGAAUCGCUUCGUUUUUGUUUGUUUUUGGGACACAGUAUUUUGAGACGUUCCAUCUUCGGUCAAGAAUGGUGCACUGCAUGAAUCAAUGUCAGUCACCAACUCUCCAGACCGCAAAUCCUGAUGCAGUAGCACUCGAAUUCAACCGUCCGGCAAUUGAUCUCAAUCGUCUGGCUCAGGACGAUCAGAUGGACGAUCAGGAUCCGAAUUCAUCCGUCUCCAAUUGCAAGACUAUUGUCUCUGCCGGUCAAUCUGGCACUCCUCCGUUGCUUUUCAUCAGCGGUGGGUUGAUGGAACUCGGCGAGGGAGACAAGGCCUACCGCCUUAUCAAGGAGAGAUUUGUUUCGAGGCUAGCUGCGUUCGGGGUGCAAGUUACCUUGGUGGCAAUCCACCAGAAUUGCUACUCUGGUGUCUCGGCGAAAGGACGGGCCCAAGCGUUUCAGGUUCACUCGCAGGCAGUGCAGAUGAAAGGUGGUGACAACACUGCCAACAUAGUGCACGCGUGGUACGCGACCUCGAAGGAAGAGGUAUCCAAGAUCUUGUCCUAUGGAUUUGGUUACAGUGGGAAGCCUGAGAACAAUGGCUUGUAUGGUUGUGGAGUUUAUUUGGCUCCUCAUGAUCAUCUUCUCGAAAGUGUUAAAUCCGCUUCUAUCGAUGAAGAUGGCCUGAGGCAUCUUUUGCUUUGCCGGGUCAUACUGGGGAAAUCGGAGCUUGUCAGUCCUGGCUCGGAACAGUCUCAUCCCAGUUCGGAGGAGUUUGACUCGGGAGUCGACAACUUAUCAUCUCCUAGGAGAUACAUUGUUUGGAGCACCCAUAUGAAUACUCACGUGUUGCCGGAGUACAUUGUCAGCUUUAAAGCCCCUUGUUGCUGGAGAGGGUGCUUGGCAACUCCGGAGAAGUCAUUGAAAUCGACUUCCACUUGGAUACCAUUUCCGGUUAUGAUUUCGGAACUCUCAAAGAUCUUACCUCCAUCUCGUGUCAGUUUAAUCUCCAAGUAUCAUAAGGACUUCAAAGAGAGAAAGAUUCCAAGGCAUGAGCUGAUACAAAAAUUCAGGCAAAUAGCAGGGGAUAGGUUGCUGAGUGGAAUCUUUGAAAAUCUCAGAACUAAGGUGUGGAUUAUGAUCUCUUUAAUAAAUAGUAGUUCGAAUGCACAUCUAGUCCUUUGAUGUCAAGUCAUGGAUAGAGUGAGCUUAGGUUGCAUCGAA